UCGAAACCAAAUCCCCCCAACUACAACAACAUCAAAAAUAACCAAAACCAAGAUGUCAGACGGUAUUGAAGUUGAGCAAAUGCCUGAAAUUGUUGAAACCAGCAAACCAAGAAGGAUGCCCAUGGCUACAUCAUUGGAUAAGGAUGCCAUACGUGAAGCAUAUGAAGAUGUGCGUUCAGAUCUCACAGACACAGAAUGGGCCGUUUUUAAAUUCGAUGGUCCCAGAAUAACCUGCUCCGUGCGCGGUCAAUGCUUCGAAGAGUUCCGCCAACAAUUCGGUGACAACGAACGGGCAUUCGGUUAUAUUCGCAUUCAAAUGGGCGAUGAAAUGUCCAAGAGAAAAAAAUUCAUUUUCCUCACCUGGAUCGGACAGGAUGUCGGUGUCAUACAAAGGGCUAAAAUGUCAACGGAUAAGGCUAUUAUUAAAGAUGUGCUAAAUAACUUCGCUGUUGAACUGCAGGCUGGCGUUGACAAUGAAUUGGACAUUGAACUUUUCCGUGAAGCUUUAAAUCGUGCCGGCGGUGCUAAUUAUGGUACUGGUGUGCGUAACUUUUAAGUAAAUGCACACCAACAACAACAAAACACAUCCUCUUUUAUAAAAAAACAAAA